GUGCGAACCGCCCACGGGCGGCCGACGAGGCAUUGAAUAAGUCCUCGAUGUCGGCAACGCGCCGCCACCGCCUGAUGAAACUCAACGCCGCCACCGUCCUAGAGUGUUCCACGGCCACGCCGUUCAAGUGGCACAGGCAGAACUUCCUCUGCUUCUACUGCCACCGCGCCUUUAAAGACACCGCGUCCCUUAAAGAGCACACUAAGGCAGAACACCCGGAGCCAAGAAUCAAGUCGGCAGUCAGCUACCUGAGGCGCGACGAGCGGGUCAAAAUAGACGUUUCCUCCAUGACUUGCUCAAUUUGCGACGUCAGCUUGGACGGCCUCGGCGCCCUGAUAGCCCACCUCGAGAGCGCCCACAGGAAAUCCUUCGCGGGUCUGGACUACGGCGUGGUCCCGUACGCGCUCCGCUCGGACCGCUUCCACUGCGCCGUCUGCGACGCGGAGUUCCAAUACUUCAUCAAGCUGAACCAGCACAUGAACACCCACUACGGGAACUACGUGUGCGAGCUCUGCGGGAAGCCUUUCCUGAGCCGCGAACGGCUGCGCUGCCACGCGGCCGGCCACGGGCCCAUACACCGGUGCGGGUGCUGCGCGGAGACCUUCAGCUCGCCGGCGCAGAGGACCUCGCACGAGAGGAGGGCCCACGGGAGGCGGAGGGUCAAGUGCCUGCACUGCUCGGAGACGUUCGCGAGCUACGGCGCCCGCAAGAGCCACCACAGCACCGCCCACGGCGCGGACCUGCCCACAAUCCACUGCCCCGUCUGCCGGAAGAGCUUCCCCAUCGCCAGCAAGAUGCGCGCCCACCUGAAGGAGGUGCACCUGCGCGAGAAGAACUUCGCGUGCCCAAUGUGCGACCAGAGAUUCUUCUCCAGGAGCCACGUGCAGAAGCACAUGGUGAGGCACGUCGGCGAGCGGGUGCACCAGUGCGACGUGUGCCGGAAGUCGUACGCGCGGAAGCAGACGCUGAGGGACCACAUGAGGAUACACAACGGUGAUCGUAGGUUCGCCUGCGAGCUGUGCGGGCAGGCGUUCGUCCAGAACAACAGUCUCCGGCUGCAUAUGAGGGUGCACCAUCCAGACGCUGGGGGGCAACCUAAAGGCCCGAAGACCCAAGACGAAGGCCAU